UGACCAACAGCUUACAUCUGCGCCAGCCGUCCCUCCAUCCGCGCGCCUUCUAAAGUCACCCGCACCCUCUGUACUGUCACCCUUUUCGCAACCGUUUCACCCCUUCGACGCCGCAACAUUUUGACUGGAAAUUACACCAUAACGACCAUAUAAGCGCCUGUGUCCCUGUACCCGGUUAUUCGGAUGCUGACAGCUUGUGACACGUUCUGUCAGUGAUCCCCUGGCGGGCCCCCGCCAUAACCAGCGAUAGAGCCGCAACCUAUCGAUAGCCGCACAAUACAAAAUACCGCCAACAUGCCUGGAAUAUUGCCUAUGAAAGUUAUCAAAGUGGGGUCGAGCUGCCAAUCCCGCAUUGCACAAGCCUGCGACCGAUGUCGCUCAAAGAAGAUACGCUGCGACGGCAUUCGCCCAAGCUGCACACAAUGCACCAACGUUGGCUUUGAGUGCAAGACUAGUGACAAGCUUAGUCGCCGAGCAUUUCCUAGAGGUUACACAGAGUCGCUCGAGGAGCGAGUACGAUCAUUGGAAGCUGAGGUUCGCGAGCUGAAGGAGCUGCUCGAUGAGAAAGACGAGAAGAUUGAUAUGCUUUCUCGAAUCCAUUCACAUUCUCCUCAAGCAUUCUCAAAUGGACGGAGACCAUCCGUGCAAUCACCACCUGCUUCAGAAGUCAGGGAGGAAUUGCAAGAGAAGGACGACUCCUUCAAAGUGCAACAAUCUCCACUCCUCGUGGACGAUGAAAACCACGACUCGUAUCUCGUUGGUCACUCAAGCGGACGGAACUUCGUUGAAGCGUUCAAGCAGAAGGCACAGGAGACUGGUCGUCUCAACAACGAUAUCAACUCGGCUGUCUUCUUUGGAGCCGGUGCCCAAACAUCCGGUUCAUCAGUAAAACACACUGUCUCAUUUAAGCCACCGCCCCGUCUGGUGUCUGAUCAGAUGAUCAACAUCUUCUUCCAAGAAUGGGCACCCCUGUUCCCUGUUCUUCAUCGCCCAACCUUCCUUGGUCUAUACGAGCAGUAUGUUUCCAACCCGGAGGAGCUCACCGACAACAAGUCGAUAGCGAAGCUCAACUUGUGCUUCGGCAUCGCCGCGCUGUCAAGUGACUCACGCGACGGCGACGAUGUAGCAUCCUUCGAGGCUCAAUGGCAAAGUGCCGUUGAUACCUUCUUGAUGGACAAUGACCUUGCGACAUUGCAGUGUCUGGUUCUUGCGCAGAUUUACUCUCUGCUCAAGGGCGACUACUCUCGCGUGCUCAAGUACAAGGGACUUGCCGUCAGUCUGUCGCAACGCCUUGGCCUGCAUCAGUCACAAAAGCGUUUCGCUCUUGGUGCACUUACUAGCGAAACUAGGAAGAAGGUCUUCUGGUCACUGUACACUGUGGACUGCCUGUCUGCCGCACAUUUUGGUCUCCCCAAUCUGAUCAGGGAGGAAGACGUUCAUUGCGAGUACCCAGUGGACGCCGAUGAUGAAUACGUCACGGAGAAAGGGUUCCUGCCGACCCUGCCCGGCGAGUCGACCAAACUUUCGAGCGCGCUGGCCCUGUUCCGUCUUUCUCGCAUCAUGUCCAGGGCUUUGGCUGAACUUUACCCGACCUCAUCGACGCACGACAUUUCGUUCCGCACCGUGGGUGCCUUGGCCGAUGAGCUCGAGGAGUGGCAGAAUAACCUGGCCCCGCAUCUCAAGCUGACCUUUGCGCAAGACAAGCCCAGCACGAACGUGACGAGCAGCAGAGCACCUAUUCUCUCUCUUGCUUACUACCACAUUCAAUCCUUGAUCCACCGCCCGGUCGUUGUUGCUGACCUCGGUGACAAGGGCUCAUCUGCUCUGGUCGCAGUUGGUGACGCCAGCAAACACAUCGUCCAGAUUGUGCAGUUACUUGACGAGCGUAAGCUGAGCUUCUCUUUCUGCCUCAACCGCAAUGAGGUCCUCGUCCAGGCUGGAUUUGGUCUCCUCUAUCAGAAUAUCAACCUUGCGCGUGACAGCAAGCUAGCAAAGGAUUACAAUCGCCUUGUUUGCACAGUCAUGGACCUGCUUGAGCGUGGUGCUGCUGCUGGCUCUAUGGAGUUCCGCCGCAUUGGCUGUUCACUUAUUACAGUACCUCAAGUUGGCGCCCCUACACUGUCCCGCCACAACUCGGAAGGCAGCAUGGGCGCACCAAUGGACACGCUGCGCGCAACGCAGAAGACCCUUAAGGCUAUUGCUGCUCGCUUUUCGCCAGGGUCCAUAAAGUCUGGUCGGCACAAUGUGCACGAGCCCCGACGUGCCACUUUGCCUACCAUCUCGCCAAAUGUCGGUGUGCACGGCAAUCCCUCUUCGACGAGCCUUUCGUCCGUCCGCUCCGAGCCACAUGUAUCCCGGUCAGAGCCUACCAUGAGCCCACCAACUCAAAACCGCGCUUCUUUCUCACAGUCCAAGAAGCACCGACCCAACCUCACUGCUCAGUCUCCAGCCCACCGCAACAUAGAUUUCCUCUCAUUCAACAGCGAAGCUUUGGCUAGCUACUCACUCGACGGCACCGCUGUCAAGACUGAAGUAUCGAACUCCGACUGGGAGCGCCUACUCGGCUCCUUGGACGGCGGACAGACUAACAUCUACGACAACAUAUACGGAGGCCCAGCAGCAGAGGCCCUUCUCGACGUUCCCCUUACCCGUUCUACUGUUACCGACAGCAGCGCCAACUGGUCAUCAGAUGCCUGGGAUUGGAACAGCUACGGAACGGCAGCACCUCCCCGGAGCGUGCUUAGCUUCAGCGAUGAAAGCCUGACCAGCGGUGAGGAGUUCAGCAGCAACUCGUGGGAUUCUGGCACACCCGGCAGUGACAGGAUGUACGCUAGCAUCAUGAUCUCUGACAUGAGCACACCCACCGGUCUUGGAGGACUUGACGGCAACUUUGGGCUAUGAAUGCUACGAUUAUACUUGACAAUUUCGGUUUAAGCUCAAGCUUUGGAGUACAGGGGCAGGGGACUUUACGACACUGAGAUGAUGGGUCGGACUUGGCGUCUUCCUUCGGUUCAUCUGUUUUGAGAUACCACCUUCUUCGCAAGAGCGAGAUGUUACGCGACGCUGUGUAGGGUUUGUGUUCUGAUCUCCCCGUUUUCUUCGCAUGUACAAAGCAAUAGAGUACUUUUUUCUUUGCAAAAGUACGCAGUACAACUAUGAUAACCGAUUUACUUGACACUACGCUGUGCACAGCGCUGCCCACU